ACUGGAACAGGAAGCCUCGGCUCGGCUUAGCUUCCAAUGGCAAUCGCUACUAGCUUCGAGCGUCUUUGCUGACGGGCUGUCAAUUAUGUGACUAGCCUUGCAUUUACUCUUGAAUUUGUCAAGAUGAUGCUAUGCUGCAAAUUUAAUUAGAGCUUUCUGUUUGAUGAUGUAAUUCACUAAGACGUAGUUUAGCUAGCGUUAGCAAAGUUACAAGAUUGACUCCGAGUUAUUCGGCUGAAGUUACUGAAGUAAAGCUAAAGUGAAAUGGGAAGGCUUGACAGAAGUAGCAAUGUAGCAUGUUGUUAGCUAAAUAACGGUGACAUGGGUCUUUGUAGAUCAACAUACGAUCAUCGAUCAUCAAGAGUUUGCAUGUUGCUGAUGGCCUCCCUGCCUGUCAUGGAUGCUGUCACUGACACUUGUCCGGCAAAUCACCAAAACGGGAACGCCCAUCGGGAAUCUCCUAACUUGGGCCCGGCCGCUGCAUCCACUGUGUUGAGGGUACAUUUCUACCACGGCAUCCAGGGAGCAGCUGAAUGCAGCCUCAUCAGUUUCCGACCUGGAGACUAUGUGGCUGAGGAACUGUGUAUCGAUGCAGCCAAGGCAUGCAGUAUAUCACCUCUGUACUAUAACUUUUUUGGGCUUUUUCGAGAACGAGACCGGUUAUGGUUUUCACCUAAUCACAUCUUUCAUCUAGAUGAAACGGCGUCAGAAGAUUUGUUUUUUAGAAUAAGAUACUACUUCUCUGGCUGGUACAGCAGUGGACCAUCCCGGGCCUAUCGAUAUGGGGUCACCAAGGGUUCAGAAAGCCCUGUGCUUGAUGAUGCUGUUAUGUCAUACCUCUUUUUUCAGUGGAGGAAUGACUUUGUCAAUGGUUUAAUCAAAAUCCCCAACUCUCAUGAGACUCAGGAAGAGUGCCUUGGGAUGGCUGUCCUGGACAUGUCAAGGCUAGCAAAGGAGAAGCAGAUGUCACCGCUGGAUAUCUAUCACAACACAAGUUACAAGACAUUUUUACCAAAGGAAAUGAGAGCACAAAUUCAGGACUGCAAUUUUGUGACACGAAAGCGAAUUCGUUUUCGGUUCAAACGUUUCAUUCAACAGUUCAGCCAAUGCCGCACAACAGUGCGCGACCUCAAACUCAAGUACCUCAUCAGUAUGGAGUCUCUGGAGAAAGGCUUCUACACAGAGACUUUCCAAGUCAGGGAAGCUUCCAGCGGAACGCUCAACAUCCUGGUUGCUGCAGACACAGGCAUCCAAUGGGCUCGAGAGAAGGACUCUGUGAAGGAAGUGCAGCUAUUGUGUGAUUUCCCAGAUGUGGUUCACAUAAGCAUCCAAGCAAACAAGGAAAGUUCAGCAGAGAGCAGUAUAGUCAUAAUCAACAAGCAAGAUGGAAAGAGUCUGGAAGUGGAGUUCCAGAGUUUGGCAGAAGCAUUGUCCUUUGUGUCUCUUGUUGACGGUUACUAUCGGUUGACCACAGAUGCACAUCACUACCUUUGCAAAGAAGUGGCACCCCCGAGGCUUCUAGAGGACAUUUCCUCACAUUGUCACGGCCCCAUCUCUAUUGAGUUUGCUGUCCAUCGACUUCAGAAAUAUGGAAACAAACAUGGAUUGUUUAUUUUGCGAAGUAGCCCGAAGGACUUCAAUAAGUAUUUUCUGACUUUUCCUGUCAAGGUUUAUGACACUAUCGAAUACAAACACUGUCAAAUAACAAAGUCUGUUAAUGGGGAAUUCAACCUCAGUGGAACCAAAAGACAAUUUUGCAGUCUGCAAGAUCUUCUGAAAUGCUACCAAAAAGAAACUGUACGAUCUGAUACUGUGAUUUUCCAGUUUAGCCAAUGCUGCCCGCCCAAAUCCAAAGAAAUGUCCUGCCUCCUUGUGUGUCGGAGCAACAAGGGUUCCGAAGUGCCUCUGUCGUCGUCACUACUUCGCAGGAACGUCAGUCAAAUGGUGUUUCACAAAAUUCGAAAAGAAGAUUUGGAAUUUGUGGAGAGUCUUGGUCAAGGGACUUUCACCAAAAUUUUCAAAGGUGUUCGAAAGGAGUUGGGAGACUAUGGGCAUGUUCAUCAAACAGAAGUGGUCAUGAAAGUCCUGGACCACGAUCACAGGAAUUACUCAGAGUCUUUCUUUGAAGCAGCCAGCAUGAUGAGCCAGUUGUCCCAUAAACACCUGAUUCUAAACUAUGGAGUUUGUGUUUGUGGAGAAGAGAAUAUCAUGGUGCAGGAGUAUGUGAAGUAUGGUUCCCUGGACACGUACUUGAAAAAGAACAAGAACUCAAUUAACAUUCUGUGGAAGUUGGAAGUGGCUAAACAGCUGGCCUGGGCCAUGCACUUUCUGGAAGAAAAGCAUCUUGUUCAUGGAAACGUCUGUGCAAAAAAUGUUUUAUUGAUCCGUGAAGAAGACCGGAGAGCUGGGAAUCCUCCCUUCAUCAAACUGAGUGACCCUGGCAUCAGUGUCACUGUUUUACCUAAAGAGAUUUUGCUAGAGCGUGUUCCCUGGGUUCCUCCGGAGUGCAUCAAGGACCCUGCCAACCUGAGCCUGGCUGCUGACAAGUGGGGCUUUGGUGCUACGUUAUGGGAGAUCUGCUGCAAUGGAGACAAGCCUUUAGCUACACUGGACCACACUAAAAAAAGACAGUUUUAUCAAGAUCGUCACCAACUGCCAGUCCCAAAGUGGACUGAGCUGGCAAAUUUGAUCAUGAGCUGUAUGGACUAUGAGCCUGCUUUCAGACCCACAUUUCGUGCAGUUAUCCGUGACCUUCAUAACCUCUUUACACCUGACUAUGAGUUGAUCGUCGAUAGUGACAUCCUGCCAAACCGGACAGGGACCACAGGAUGGGCCACUGGAGGUUUGGACAGUCAAGAGCCUGCACAGUUUGAGGAGAGGCAUCUCAUUUUCUUACAACAGUUGGGCAAGGGGAACUUUGGGAGUGUGGAGAUGUGUCGAUAUGACCCACUACAGGACAAUACAGGAGAAGUGGUUGCUGUGAAGAAACUUCAGCAUAGCACUGCAGAACACAUGCGCGACUUUGAGCGGGAGAUUGAGAUUCUCAAGUCUUUGCAGCAUGAAAAUAUUGUCAAAUACAAAGGAGUCUGUUAUAGUGCAGGGCGACGUAAUCUUCACCUUAUUAUGGAGUAUCUGCCAUUUGGAAGCCUUCGAGACUACCUCAUGAAAAACAAGGAGAGGAUUGACCACAAUAAACUUUUGCUCUAUACCUCUCAGAUCUGCAAGGGCAUGGAGUACUUGUCCAGUAAACGUUAUAUCCACAGAGACUUGGCCACACGCAACAUCCUCGUGGAGAGUGAGCUGAGGGUCAAAAUUGGAGAUUUUGGUCUCACCAAAGUUUUGCCUCAGGACAAAGAGUACUAUAUGGUUGAAGAACCAGGGGAAAGCCCAAUAUUUUGGUAUGCACCUGAGUCACUGACUGAUAGUAAAUUCUCUGUAGCAUCCGACAUCUGGAGUUUUGGUGUGGUCCUUUAUGAACUCUUCACUCACAGUGACAAGAAUUGCAGUCCUCCUGCAGUUUUCAUGUCGAUGAUGGGAAAUGACAAGCAGGGGCAGUUGAUUGUGUAUCAUCUUAUUCAGCUUCUUAAGUCCGGCAGCAGGCUACCUCAACCCUCAGGAUGUCCUACAGAGAUCUAUGAAAUCAUGGAGGAGUGUUGGGACAAGGAUCCUGGUUUGCGCCCAUCUUUCAAUGUGCUGGCCUUGCGUGUUGAUCUUUUUAGAGACACUAAAGAGUUUUAAAUGAAAGAUCGCCCAUGUGCCCUGUCUGAUGCUCUGGACACAAAUGCCCUGUUGACAAACACAGGCCAAACCACAGUCCUUAUUGUGUAGUGCACUUCUAAUGAAUGGGGACAAGACUAGGACCAGAUCUUUAACUACUGCCAAGGUGCCUUCAUGCAAGGUACUCAACGUAACUGCCUAGUGCCCAGUACCAAAAAGUGGCCUGCUCGAGUCGUCAAUCCUAAUGAAGAGCAAAGGUGUUGGGCCAUCUCCCUUGGAUUCAAGGACCUUUUAGAGACUGUGAAUGAUGGAUUGCCAGGCAUAAAGCUAGAGAUGAUUGUAUCAAAGAAAACAUUUUAAUGCACGUAUGUAUGUAGGCUAUGUUUGUGAGUGUGAGUGUGUGUUUGUGUGCGUGUGCGUGUGUGUAUGUAAUGAGGGAGAGAGCAUUAAGAAGCUAGCUGGGCUAGCUCUGCUAACCCCUAUUUCUUAUACUUACAGAUUCAAUGUAAUAUCAGUGUUCCUGUGUGUAAAUAUUGUAUUUUGUGUACAUAAUACUGCCAAUUUUAUAAUUUUAUAAAAGUAAAAAUAAGCCUAUAUUUGAACUUAAUGAAAUAUGUUUAAAAAGUACAUAUAAAGGUGAAAAUAUGUUUAUGUUUUAUGUUCCCAUUGUCAGUUUGUGUGAAAAUAAAAAAGUGAACUUCA